GGAGAUGCCCUAACCAUCCCGUGGCGUCCUCAUGUCAGGGAAGCAGUGCAAGCUUCAGGCCUCCAACCAAGCACACUUCCGGCAGGUCUCCAGGCAAAAUUUGGUCAGGGUGGCAACCAAACAUAUUUUCAGAACUGUGUACCGAAGGUGCAGGCGUGACAGGCGCCUCCACGCGGCGGCGAUCAUGGCCGCGGCCCUCCGCCCCCUGCUCCGCUGGCACGCAGUUCUGCCGCCAUCUUCGAUGCUGCGCGCUCUAUUCCCCGUGCCGUACUCCAAGGCCGCCGCCAGACCCCCAGCCGUGUGCCACGCCCCCCUGCCGCCUCCCCUUCUGAGGGAGGUUACUCCAAGGAGGGCUCCUCCAAUUCCAAAGGGUGAACCACACCGCUGCACUGCUGUUCAAAGUACCAUGAGUGACAGUACAAAGUCGUUGCUGGAUAAACUGAAGGAUCUCAAGGACAGUAAGAAGCCACUGGACGACAUGGAAAAGAAUAUUAAGGAGCGUAGGGAAAUGAUAAAGAAAGCUCUGCAUGACUCUAGGGUUGCUAAUGCUAUGUUUAGGGUAAGACUGGAUGGCCUUAGGAAACUUCUUGCCAAAAUACGUGAUGGCCGAGAGGAUUCUGCCAGAAUCAAUGCAAUAUACCGCAGAUUGGAGGAUGACUAUGACAAAGAUUGGGCCAUUCAUGAGUCUAAAGGUCGCUUGAUUGACGAACAGAUGAAAAUGUUAAGGAAGGAGGGAGAUGACUAUAUCAAUGCUUUGAGGGAGUAUCAUGAAUUGCAAAUAUCCAUCCUGAAGCAUGCAGAGGAGGUGGAGGAGGCGGAGAAGGUGGAGGAGGUAGAGAGCAUGGAGAAGGUGGAGGAGGUAGAGAACAUGGAGAAGGUGAAGAAGGUUGCAAAAGUGUGUGCCGCUGCUGGCCUCAUGGGAGGGCUUCUGGUGAUACUGGGAAAGAUCUAGAUUGGUUUUGUGUAGAACUGAGAUGACAGAUAUGACUAGGCUGAGCUGGUAUUUGGAGUGGCAGAGUAACAUUUUACUAUUUCUUGGUUUCUCUCUGUGUGCCGUUGUAAUGGUGCAUUCGUGGGAAGGCUUGCGCGGAUGCUAGCAAAGAUCUGGAUUAGAGGAACACGGAGUGCUUCUUUUUGUUUUGGAGUGGCUAGAUGACUAUGUUGAGCUGGUAUUUGGUGUAGUGUGGUAGUUAUUGACUGUUUCCUUGGUUAGUAGUCUUUGUGCCAUUUGUGGUGCUUGUUAGAACCUGCAAGAGAAGGUAAGAGAAAGCCAAGUGAUAGGAUUGUCAUAUUGCAGUUGUCUCUAUGUAACACUAGAAUACAACUCAUUUUAUGCACCCUGAAGGCUUGGCUGAGAAAAGGAUGUGUUGGGGGUU